CUCAAAUUGCCCAGAUUUUUUCCAUUGACGCGUCUGCGCAAAAGAAUCGCUAUUCUCAAUUUUAAAACUCUCUCAGACAUUUCUCUUAACUUCUCGAAAGAUCUGGCAUCGGACACAUUCAUAGUUACCAGCGUAAAAAGACUUUAGGAAUCAGUGUCAAAUUGCAAGGGUCAAAAAUUCAAGCACAGCGUGGUCACGGGAACACGGGAUCACGGCCAGAGGUUCAAGGACCUUGAGGGUAUCAGCGCGGAAAGAGCCAAGGAACGCAAGAAAGAAAAUUCCUACAAAGUACAAUUGAGGAAAGAAAAAUAAAUAUCUACAGACCAUGGCACCACCAGCGCAGCCGCAGCCGUCGUCACAGCCAGCAGAUUCAAAACGAGCUGCGGCGCGAGAAGUCAUUGAUAUCUUACAGGAGAUUUCGACAUUACUGGACACCAAACUCGACCGCACGACCCUCUCGCUCUGUGUAUCGCUCAUUGAGAAUGGCGUCAACCCAGAAGCUCUUGCGAACGUUGUCAAAGAGUUGCGCCGCGAAGGCGAUGCCCUGCGUCAUCAGCGAGACCAUGAUCUCGUGUACGAGGAAGACGCUCGGCGGGGAGAUUAUUCUGACUGAGGAGUAUCCUAGGUCACGGGAUCAGGCCUGACGCGUGUUUUUAGUGGGUUUUAGGUGUAUGGCGCAGAGCGGUACAAUAGCAUACAUGUGGUCUUUCAUUGUCAUUUUUCCUUUUUCCCCCUUGCUGGAUUUUCUUACAUAGACAUUAGCGAGUUUUCAAGAUGAUCAUAUUCUUUCACAGAGUCUCAGCAUUCGAAUAAUAUGACAAAAUAAUUAAUUGAAGCCAUACACAGGCG